UAUGUACUUUUCUUGAUUCAUGUGAUUUCCAUUAAAAAGAGACACUCAAUAAUUAGUGGUGAUUAAGAGUGUGUAUCAAAGAUCCAAUAAUUCACAGCCACGCAACCAUUCGCUGCUAAUCCACGCUUUUUCAAAAUAAGAAGCACCAGAUUAUAAAUCCUUCCCAAAUCCAAACCCAAACCCAAACACAAACAACCAUAUCAUAUAUAUAUAUAUAUAUAUAUAUAUAUAUAUAUAUAUAUUUUGUAAUCUUCCAAAAAAUUUCAAAAAAAUUCAAAAAUAGAGAGAACCGCCACAGUCUCUCUCUCUUUCUCUCUCGGGUUUAGCUAUGGCACAAGCAGAAGUGUACACGAGGAGUUGGAGUUGGAGUAGAUUGCAAGUGUGGAGAGCAGUGGUGGAUUGGUUAGAGUUUCUGUUACAGUUAAUCACACAGAUCUUAAGAGGCACACCUUCUUUUGCUCACCUCCUUCUUUCGUACCUUAGACUUCCAAUCUCCUCUCAUUUUCUCGGUUCGAAUUCAAAUUCUUCUUCUUCUUCUUUCACUCCUUUGCCUCUCGUCGAACUCGAACUCCAAGUCUCUUCUCAGGAGGAAGAAUCUUCUGUCAGCGUCGACGACACUCAAAACGACGCCGUCGACGAUGAUCACCGCAUCGAAAAGCUCACGGUUGUUCUUGACAUGGACGAGACGCUAGUAUGUGCAUACGAAAAAUCUAGUUUGCCUGCCAGUAUUCAUGCUCAAGCAAUGGAAGCUGGAUUGAAGUGGUUUGAGAUUCAAUGUGUAUCUUCGGACAAGAGUUCUGAAGGAAAACAAAAGAUCAAUUAUGUGACAGUGUUUGAACGUCCCGGUUUGCAAGAGUUCUUAGAUCAGAUUAGUAAAUUUGCAGAUCUUGUUCUUUUCACUGCUGGUCUUGAAGGUUAUGCAAGACCACUUGUUGACAAAAUAGAUGUGGAGAACCGAUUUAGCCUUCGUCUAUAUCGGCCUUCGACAGUUAGCACGGAAUAUCGAGAACAUGUGAAGGAUCUGUCAUGUUUAUCCAAAGAUCUAUCUCGAAUGGUUAUUGUUGAUAACAACCCAUUUAGUUUCCUGAAGCAACCACUGAAUGGAAUACCCUGCAUUCCAUUCUCCGCUGGACAGCCAUAUGAUGAUCAGCUUUUGGAAGUCCUGCUUCCACUUCUCCAACACCUCUCAAUGCAAAAGGAUGUGAGGCCUGUACUCUAUGAGCAGUUUCACAUGCCUGAAUGGUUUCAAAUGCAGGGGAUUCCUGUUUGUGGAUUGACAGAAUGAGAUUAAUCAAGUCAGAUAGGAUAACUGUGGUAUUUCUGGCACCAGCGGACAUAGGUAUUUUGUGGGAGCACUUUUCAACCUGAUGUCAUAAGGCCUUGUAUAUUGUCAUCAUAUUAGCUGCUGCCAACCAAAGAAUUUAAAACUAUUGGGAUAACCUGCAAUGACUAAUUGGAGAUAUACCUGCAGAGCAGGUUUAUCAUGAUUACGUAGAGUCCAAUUCUUUAUAGUUGUGUAAUAUCACAGGGUAUCACCUGAAUUUGCAAGGUUUCAACUUUCAAGUAUGAUUAUUUUUUAAAAUUAGUUUACUUUGCAUA